GCAAAAAGAAACUGCGAAAACUUCUCCGCUUCAAUGCAGCUGUUGAUGGUUUGUUUGUUGGUCGGGCUGACAAUGUCUGCCUUGGUUUAUACGAGUGCGCUGCAGAAAUGCAUGCAGUCGAGUAAGUAUAGUUCGCAUUACGGGAUUGCUCUUCUUGGAUAUUCUUACAAGUCCUUUAUUGCCAAUCUCCUUGUAACAUGUUACCGCGCCUGUCAACAAGAGCCGUCUUGUCAAAGUUUGAACUACAACUUGGCAAACAGAAUUUGUGAGUUAAACACUUUCGCUAAACGCCCCGAAGAUUUGAAUGACAAGCUGCAAAACUUCGUUUACGCUGUAAACCCUAACCGCAAAGUUGAAGGUAGGUAGAGGCGCACACCAGCCAAAGGCCCAAACGAGUGGAGCUUUCUAAUGGAUGGCUCUUCGCUCCAUUUUGGGCUCUUAUCAUUUUGUCUUGUUUUGUCUGUCAUCUCCUUUCAUUUAUACUUAAAUAUAUGUCAGAUUGGAACCAUUUUUGGAACUCACAUUGUGCCUCUUAAGGUCACGUGACGAGCCACGCCCAUAAUUAUGCAAAAUUUGGUAUUUUCAGAUUACGCCAUGAAAAUGACUGUUGAAGCUCCCGUUUAUUUUUCCAUAGUUUUAAGUUUAAAGUGAAAUGAGUCAAAUUAAACAGGGAAUUGCAGAAUAUUUUAUUCCUGUGCAAUUAUCAAAUGUUUUCUCCUUGACCCAGUCCCACUGGAAACAUUAUAUGUCACCCAAUUCAAAUAAUCUUGAAAAACCUCGAUUAAUUCCAUAAACCUUGUGUUAAUAGUCAUUGAACGAAAACAAAAUAAUUCACAACCAGUGUUUGUAAACUGUCUUAAAAUUGGACUCAACUAAAUGGCAAAAAAAUGGGCGUGACAAGUCACGGGACUAAGAUACCGUAUUUAUUCGAUUAACCGCCCUGGGCGCUUAUUAAAUUUUUGGUGGAACUCUCACCCGCGAAUAAGCUCCACCCGCGAAUAAGCUCCGACCCGCGAAUAAUUUAAAAGUGGUAAAAGUCGUUGUAAAGUAUGUUUAUUUUGCAACAAAACAAUAAAUGCUAAUAACAAAACGCGCAGAAGUAACAAAGCAAGGUUUUUGUAAAAUACUCUGAAAAAAACUCCGUCUUCGGGGAAGUCUCUUAUCAGAAUUUAUUCCCUCAAGUGGGUGGGGUGGGGUGGGGUGGGGUUUCAAGUCGAAGAGUUAAAUCUCCUUUAAACUAGACAGCCCCCUUAGAAAUUUCAAGAGACCCAUUCCUUAAUUCACCCGAGUAUAUCCAGCUUUUUUUUUAAAUAUGAAGCAUGCCUAACUACUGCCGACUCCCCUGACUGAUGCCGGUCCAUCGCAGGAUUACCCGCAAUAAUAAUGUCGCCCUUACCCAUUUAUACUCCUGGGUGAAGAGAGAGAAAAAGGAGUAAAGGUUCCUUGUCUAAGAAAACAACGCGACUGACGAUGCUUAAACCCCGAACUUCCAGAUCCGGAGUUCGAUGUGUGAAAUGCAGUUACGUACUACAUAAUGUUAAAAGAAGUCUCGAUGCUUGGAGAAAAAGGGGAAUACCAUAACUCGAGUCGAGUCAUAACCUGAAUCUGAGCUUUCUGGCGUUUGAAUUCUUCUUCUUCUUUAAUAGAAUUUGAAUUAUUGCUUUUUUAUUAUUGAAUCUUUUUCAAAAAGGUCUGAAAGGUGAUUAAUUUUCUUGACUUCAUGUUGGACCAGGCUGAGGCUAUGUGAUAAAAAUACAUGUAUUCAGUACGUUUAGAUAGAAGUACAUGCAAAAGCCAGGGCGACAUUGACAAACAGCCCUUAUUUUUGCAUAGGUUAAGAAAGUGCGCACGUAUAUAUAAAUACGUGACUUAGAAAUUGCACGCAGAUUUCACAGACCCAAAUGACAGGUUUCCCUACCCUUUCAUAUACUUCAACGAGUAAAAUCCCUACCCUUUCAUAUACCUGAAGCCUGAAAAAAGGUACCUCUUUCGGGUGGAGCCUCCCUAUAGGGAGUAUGUCCCCUCCCGCCCUCCCCGGAAGUCGCCGACGAGAGGUUUGACUGAACUUUGCUCCCUAUUUUGUCUAAGACAUCUAAAGUUUGUUUCCCAGAUAAUAUUUUUUGUUCAAAUUAUAGAAAAAUGGAUAAAACUGACAGACCAGACGCCCAAAGUCUGUUUUGGUGCGAAACAUGACCAGUUUGGCAGGUUUUGGAUCCCUUUUACUGGCUUUUUGGUCAGAGUCAAACUGGUUCAUUUGUAUGGUGCGAUAUGGUGUGGGCCGAAGAGGACACUAUGGUUUUAUUGGGGAUGCGACUGGGGUAAGAUCAACACAGUGAUAACGAAUUCGUCUCGUUUCAUCUUGCUGCCUCGUAGUGAAACAGGAUCCAAAGUCCUCGGCUUCCAAAUUCCAGAAUACUCUCCAAGAUCCCCCGAGUUGGUCUUUCCUGAUAUUCAGCCUCGUUUGCCAGUAGUUUCAGGCCAAGAGAUGCGUAUUUGGAAUAACGAGGAUCUGCUUAAUGACCACUGGGCGAGAGACAACUCUGGAUCUGUUUGUGUCGACGUUUAUGUUAUGAUUAAUCUAUGGUAG